AAACCCGUACAUAAAUGGGUAUUCAAUUACAAUAAUUAAUCACAUGUCUAAUACAAAAAUGAAACUAGCUAAAGUAAGCCCAAAUACAGGAAUGCAUAUAUCUCAACAAUUAAAGAUUCACCACAGAACGUGCAUAUGAAUUAGACCGAAAAUGCCAACUUUAAAUUUUACUCUAAAAAAUUUCCCAUUAAAGCUUCCUGGAAUUGAUUACUGCAAAGCAACAAUAGUAAAUUUUCUUUGCUAUAUAUACCUCAGAAUUAUUCAAUAAAGGAACAAAGCAAAGAUUUCUUGAUUGUUUUGAUUCUUUAUAGUGCAGAAAUGGAUUAUGAAAAUCUUGCAUUGAUUAUGCUAUAUGCCCUUCUCUGUAGACUUGCUUUCUCCUCAUCCUUACCUCACUUGUGCCCCAAAGAUCAAGCUCUUGCUCUUCUACAAUUCAAACAGAUGUUUACCAUAAAUCCUUUUGUUUCUGCUUCACUUUACUGCUACGCAUCUUCUCCCAAUUCUUAUCCAACAAUACUAUCAUGGAAUAGGAGCAGAGAUUGCUGCUCAUGGGAAGGAGUUAAAUGUGACGAGACAACAGGACAAGUGAUUGAGCUUAACCUCAGUUGCAGUCAACUUCAAGGCAAGUUUCAUUCCAACAGUAGUCUCUUCAAACUCUCCAAUCUCAAAAGGCUUGAUUUAUCUCGUAAUAAUUUCUCUGGAUCGCACAUUUCGCCAAAAUUUGGUGAGUUUUCUGGUUUGACACAUCUUGAUUUAUCAAAUUCAAACUUUUCAGGUCAAAUUCCUUUAGAAAUCUCUCAUCUUUCUAAGUUAUACGUUCUUCUUAUCAAUGAUGAUGAUCUGAGACUUGGACCUCACAAUUUUGAACUGCUCCUUAAGAACUUGACCCAAUUAAGAGAGCUUGAGCUUGAUUAUGUCAACAUCUCUUCCACCAUUCCACUAAAUUUCUCUUCUUAUUUAACAAUUCUACGGCUUCCCGUCACGCAAUUAUAUGGGACAUUGCCUAAAAGAGUUUAUCACCUUCCCAACUUGAAAUAUCUUUCGUUAUCGCGCAAUACCCAGCUGACAUUUGGAUUUCCAAUGACCAAAUGGAAUAGCAGCACAUCUCUCACGAAUUUAUAUCUCAAUAGUGUGAAUUUUGCUGGUAAUAUACCUGAAUCAUUUAGCUAUUUAACUUUAUUGUAUGCACUGGACAUGGGCUCUUGUAAUCUCUAAGGGCCUAUUCAAAAACCUCUAUGGAAUCUAACUCAAAUAGAGGUUUUAAACCUUGAAAAUAACCAACUUGAAGGACCAAUUUCCCAGCUCUUCAGAUAUGGUAAUCUCCGGUAUUUGUCGCUUAGUAAUAACAACUUUGAUGGCCGACUUGAGUGCUUGAAUGGGACACAACUUGAGUACUUAGAUAUUUGGUCCAAUUACCUAACUGGUCCAAUUCCUUCUAGUGUAUUCUCCCUCUCAUCACUAGAAUGGUUAGACUUGAGCAACAACCAUUUAAGUGGAAAAAUUGAAGAGUUCAAGUCCAAAACAUUGGAGUACGUUGGUCUAACACAAAAUAAGCUGCAAGGUCCUAUUCCAAAGUCACUCCUAAACCAGCAUAAUCUAUUAGCACUUCUCCUUUCUCAAAAUAAUCUCAGUGGACAGAUUGCUUCAACCAUCUGCAAUCUUAAAACAGUGCAGUUGCUAGAUCUGGGAAGUAAUAAUUUACAGGGAACAAUCCCAGAAUGUUUGGGUGAGAUGGAUAGAACUUAUGUUUUGGAUUUAAGCAAUAAUAAUUUUAGUGGGACAAUUCAAGCAAAUUUUAGUAUUGGAAACCGAUUCAGAGUCAUUAAAUUGCAUGGGAAUAAGUUAGAGGGAAAAGUCCCAAGAUCUUUGAUCAAUUGCAAGUAUUUGGAACUACUUGAUUUAGGUAACAAUGAGUUGAACGACACUUUUCCAAAAUGGUUGGGAAUCCUAUCAAAUUUGAAGAUAUUAAAUUUAAGAUCAAAUAAGUUGCAUGGGUCCAUCAGAGCUUCAAGGAAUGAAAACUUGUUUGCACAACUUCAAAUUAUGGAUCUUUCAUCCAAUGAAUUUAGUGGGAAUUUACCAGCAAAUCUUUUUGAGAACUUUCAAGCUAUGAAACGAAUUGAUGAGAACAGGACCACACCAAGGUUUGUAGGAGAUGAAUUUGAUUUUGUGACCAUUACAACAAAGGGAUUGGAUCUUGUAUUUGUUAAAGUUUUGACUACAAACAUAGUUAUUGAUCUCUCAAAGAAUGGAUUUAAAGGUCAAAUUUCAAGUACUAUUGGAGAUCUCAUCGGACUUCGUACGUUGAACUUAUCUCACAAUGGCUUAGAAGGUCUUAUACCAGCAUCAUUGAAACAUUUGUAUGUACUUGAAUCAUUGGAUCUCUCGUUUAACAAAAUUGGUGGAGGAAUUCCGCAACAACUUGCAUCUCUAACAUCUCUUGCGGUCUUAAAUCUCUCUCACAGUCAUCUCGUUGGAUGCAUCCCUAAAGGAAAUCAAUUUGAUACUUUUGGGAACAGUUCAUACCAAGAGAAUGUUGGGUUACGUGGAUUUCCACUCUCAAGAGGCUGUGGUGAUGAUGGAGUAACAGAAGCGACAACUCCAGUUGUGCUAGAUCAAGGAGAAGACGAAGAUUCAUCAAUGAUCAGUUGGCAGGCGGUUCUCAUGGGUUACGGUUGUGGAUUAAUUAUUGGACUAUCCAUAAUAUACAUAAUCUCAACUCAAAAUCCAUUAUGGUUUUCCAGGAUGGUUGUAGAAUUGGAACACAGAAUCGUUACAAGAAUGAAAAAACACAAGAAAAGAUAUUAGUGUGUCCAGGUUUCAAGUCUAAUAAGUUGCUGGAGAUGCAAAUAUAAACCUUUGUCUUUCAUAGUCUAUUAUGAUGUUUCUUGAAGUGUUUGUUACCAUAUGAAUAAAGACAUGAGUUUUCUUCCUUUGUGACUCAAACACGAUUUGUUUUCAUUUAUCUAUAGUUUGUUACGUAGCGAUUA